AUGAAAUCAUACCGUGUAUUGACCUUGAUACUGCUUGGGGCUACAUCAUUCGCCUGCACUGGACAUUCUCAUGAAGCUGAAGGUUGGACUAAAGAAGAUUUGGCGGAGCUCGAAGCGAAAUGGGGACAGAAUUACGCUUUCUCGGGGAUCAGCACAUUUGCCAACCUAGAGCACACUAGAUGCCUUCUCAAUCCGCGAGAAACCUUCGACAUUGCUAUCGUCGGUGCCCCCUAUGACACAAGCGUCGGCUAUCGACCCGGUGCUCGCUUCGGACCCCGCGCUAUUCGCCAUGUAUCUGGACGGCAGUCGUCAUUUCGUGGUUUUAACCCUCGCGCUGGCAUCAAUCCUUAUCAGAGUUGGGCUAAAAUUAUUGAUUGCGGAGAUAUCCCUGUCACUCCUUUUGACAAUGUUAUUGCCCAGGAGCAAAUGACUCAAGCUCUCAAGCAACUUGGUCGACAUCAAACUGUGUCCGGAGUAAGCUCCAGACCUAAGCUUUUGACCCUUGGCGGUGACCAUAGUCUAUCAUUACCGGCCCUUCGAGCUCUGAACGAGGUCCACGACAGGCCAAUUCAGGUUUUGCACUUCGACGCCCACCUGGACACCUGGCAUCCAGAGGCAUACCCGUCGUAUUGGGGAACCACUCAUUUUACCCAUGGCUCCAUGUUCUGGAUGGCCUACCAGGAAGGAUUGUUGUGCAACUCAUCAUCAAGGCCAUCUGUUCACGCUGGUCUCCGCUCCCGCUUGGGUGGCACUGGUUGGAAAGACAACGACGAAGACGCUGCUCAGAACUGGUUGAGAAUUCCAGCUGACGAGAUUGACAAUAUCGGCACGAGAGGGAUCAUUAAUCAAAUCCUAGGAAUGCUAGGAACUGAACAGCCUGUUUAUUUGUCGGUAGACAUCGACGUAUUAGACCCGGCUUUUGCACCAGGCACUGGCACCCCUGAACCUGGAGGCUGGUCCUCCCGAGAGCUGAUCAGUAUCCUUCGUGGUCUGGAGGACUUGAACCUGGUAGGUGCAGAUGUGGUUGAAGUGUCACCGCCCUAUCAAAAUCGAGGCGAGGAGACCUCCUUCGCUGCGGCACAAGUGGUUUAUGAGUUGUUGACCUCGAUGAUAAAGCGAGGUUUGAAAGAUCUUGCUAAGGAAAAAAGUCCAACGAGUGAUGACAAAGAUGAGUUGUGA